GGACUCUCCUUCAGACGCUGAGCCGCUGACGGGACUCGGGACCGUUGGAAUAUUUACUCCCCUGCUUUUCUCCCCUCUCUGCACGGGUGAAGUUGUUUAAGUCCCCGUUGUGAGUAAGUCUGGCUGCUGCGAUGGCGGACGGCUGUUUUCUGACCGCGCUGCAACCGAACUCCUCCUGUACCGCCUACGUGCUGCCCUCGGACGGGCAGUCCGCCGACCCGCUGGCCAAAGUCCGGAGGGUCCAAGAGCAGGUCCGCAUGCGACUGGCCGAGAGGAAAUCCUCCUCGCUGCCCAGGCUGAGCAACUCACAGUUUGGGCCAGCAACAGACUGCAUUCUCCCUGAAGUAAAAAGUUUUCCCCAGGCUCAUGGCUUCAGUUCCAGGUCCAUGAUAAGCACACCCACUCGUCCCAUGGCUGUAUCUGCAGUGUCGUCUCAGGCCUCUGGGAUGUCUGGCAGCUCUCAGGUCAGGCAUACAGAAAGCGCCUCCAUCCAGACCAGCUUCCACACCUCUCACAUCCAAAGUCGAAGCCAACGCUCCAAGUCCCUGUGCCAGGACGACCACAGAGCGCUACCUCUAGCCCGUCCGCUCCACCCAGAGUCUUCCUCUGUGCCCUUCAGCGUUCCUCCACCUGGAAGCUUGAGGCGGUCCCUGAGCGGGGUCCUGGCCCAGGAGAGAGGGCCCUGGCAGGAGGAGGAGCUGCCCUACCAGUACACCUAUAAAGGUCCAUCCCAUCGCAUCAUCAACAGAAUCACCAACAGACAGCAGUACUACCAGCAGCACAACUCUGCGUUGGGGCCGGAGGGCUGGCUGGGGAACGGCCGGGGCUUCACCAGUGCAGGGGACAGCCUGACAGGGCAGUGGCAGCAUCAUGCCUCCAGGACCAACCAGGCCACGGCCCAGUACGCCCAGCUGCACCGGGCCGCCUCGCUGCGCUCUCUGAGGAGCGUCGGCAAGGGAGCAGACAUCAUGGAUGCCGCCUCCAUACACAGCAACGAUCCUCUGGCAGAGAUGCAGAGCAUUGACAUGCCCACAGCUGUCAGAUAUCUUUCUGAAUCAAAUACUUCUCUGCAAGUUUUGGGAGCUGCUUAUAUACAACACCAAUGUUACCAUAGCAACGAUGCCAAGAAUCAGUUCCGUGCUUUGGGUGGUGUUCCGGCGCUGGUGCAGCUUUUCUCCAGUGACCAUUUAGAGGUGCAGCGCUAUGCUACAGCGGCUACACGAAAUCUUAUAUAUGAGAAUGCUGACAACAAGGCGGCCCUGAUAGAGGCAGGAGGACUGACGGCUCUGGUCAACAUCCUGAGCCAACACGACGAGGAGCUGUGGAAGACCAUCACAGGUGUCCUUUGGAAUCUGUCCUCCAGAGACAACCUGAAGGAUAGGCUGGCUGUGGAAGCGCUGCCACUUCUGACUGAGAAAAUUCUGGUUCCACUUUGCAAAAGCCUCCCUCUGAACCUGUCUGAGAGAGAGAUCUUCAACAAUACCACUGGCUGCCUCAGGAACUUGAGCUCAGUAAAUGAGAGAACGAGACGGAAGAUGAGAAGCAUGCAGGGUCUGGUGGACUCUCUGGUGUGCUACAUUCAGCUGGAAGAAAGAGGAGAUGAUAAGGGUUUGGAAAACUCCUUGUGUGUGAUGAGGAAUCUAUCGUACCAGCUGUACGUGGAGCUUCCUCCGUCAGUCCGCCUCCACCUGGAGGGCCCAUCCAGAGCUUCAGCCUCCAGAACUGAUGAGAUGAUUGGCUGCUUCACUGUGCAGAGCAAAAAGAACAAUGAGCUUCAACAUAGGAAUAUUCCAAGACUCUCACACCCCAAGGACUCUGAGUGGCUGUGGCACCCGAAGGGCGUGGCCCUCUACAAGCACGUCCUGCAGAACAGUGAAGGCAGCUCAGCUAUAGUGGAAGCUGCUGUUGGAGCCCUGCAGAACAUCACAUCUGGAGAAGGACGGUGGCCAGCGGUGCUGAGCGGCGUGGUGAGUGAGCAGGAAAGGAUGGUCCCCAUGCUGCUGGAUCUGCUGGACAGCAGCAGUGAGAUGCUCCUCAGGCCGCUGACUGGCCUCCUCAGGAACCUGACCAGGCACGCUGCAGACAAAGACCACAUGGCUAAGAUCAUGGUGAGCGCUCUGGUGUCCAGGCUGCCUGCUGACGGCCUGGAGAAGACCCCGUCCAGUGAGGUGGUGGUCAACAUGUGCGGGGCCCUGAACCAUCUGGUCACCUGCAGUUCUUUAGCUGCCCGAGAUAUCGCCUACUUCAACGGUCUUCCUAAGCUGAUGGGCAUAAAGACGUCACAUGAUAACAGCUCCGGGAGCCUCCGGGCUGCCAGGGCGGCCUCCACCGUGCUCUGCAACAUGUUCCAGUACAACAAGCUGCACAGAGAUUACAAACUGAGAGGAUUUACCCGACAGAACUUCGUUGAUUCCAACUUCUAGUGUCUGUUUCCUCCCAGCGUGAAUUCUGCAGUGAGGAGAAGGAGGCGAACGGACCAACCAGAACCAAACACAGGAGCUGUUAUUCCUCCGUUUGGAACCGUUUGACUGAUUAAUGCUUGUGUUGUGUUUUUAACAGUCACAUGCAGCUGGUUUAUUUUAGACUGAUUCUGACAUAACAUACGGUUUAUCCCUGACAGAAUAGAUUCAGACUUAAUGUUGUUAAAACAUACUGACUUCAGCGAUCUGUUAGUGUGUGAAUCAAUUUGCCCGUUUAACUGUUGGUGUUGCACACACACUUUAAACCUAAUUCUGAUUCACCUCAUUUCUUUUGAAUGUUUCUUAUUGUUGAGGCUACUGAAAACUUUACACAUUGUCACACUUCUCUUUGGAAGUUAACGUUCUGCUCAAGCUCCCAUCAGAGAAGAAGAAACCUGCUGGAUGCAGUAGUUUUUAAAAGGUUUAUCAAAACUAUUUAUGAAUAUUUUUGCCCCUUUUUGAGGAGUACAUUUUUGUCUUUUGUGAAGUAAGAUAAGAAAAGAUCUGCAGCUGGAUUUGGCAUAUAUGUAGGUAGAUAUGUUCAAAUUGGAGGGAAUUGCUCCAGAACUCUGAUGAUUUGUAUGUGUUGGACACUUUACUUGGUGUCUCUCAGUCCAUCCUACACGUUCUGUUUUUACCAGUUUGGGUGAAAACACACACACACACACACGCGCGCACGCACACACACACACACCCGCGCACACACACACACCCGCGCACACACACACACACACACAUGCUGUUUUUCUACAAAGCAGUUCAUGUAGUUUUUCAGAUCAGAAUUAAGUUGUGAGUUAUAGACACAAAUGUUCUUAUGUAAGAGAAAAUGUGCUUAAAGUGUAAAAUGCAGUAGUUAUGUGAUUCCAAAGCAAAGCUGUCUAAAACUUCAUAGUUGCACUAUUUCCUCAUAGCAGUGUGAAAAAUGAGGUAAGAGCCAAUGAGGUUCCUCCCUUUGGAUUCCCGUGUCAACGAGGAAUGCUGAGGAGACGUAACAUCCCGCCGAGCACUCAGUGCGUCAUGUCAUUUUCAGUCUAACCUCUGGGGGUCACUGUUUCAUUUAGUUUGGGAUUUAGCUCCUGAUGUCAAUGACCGUUAGAGGAUAUAAAUGAAUGACGUUUUUAAAGAAACAUAUUGAAGUUAACAGUCAUGGUUAGACCAGUGCUUGUCAAAGGUUUUAAUAAGAUUUUAAUAAGAUAAAGUUCCACCAAGUUGACAGAAUUUCCUAAACACAUCAGGACUUGGACUAUUUUCUGUUUUUUGCGUUUUGUAUUUACAAACAUGAUAAACUACAUGAUUGGUUCAUGGAGUCAGUGUACUUAUGCAUUCGGUUGUGUUGAAGUUUUACAGUUGAAAAGUGCAUUAACAGAGUAGAGGUUUCUAAUUCUGACCUCAAGAUCCAACAUGGCUGCCUUGUAUAAAACCUAAUAUCUGCAGUAAAAAGAAAUGUUUAUUUGUAUUAUGAUGCCCCAUUUUGUGAAUAUGUUGCUAAAGUUUGAAAGUAAAUCACAUAGAAAUGUUAGCUACCACUGUUAGUUACCGCUGUUAGUUACUAAUAAUACUGUUGCUCAGCAUUUUCAGAAACCUUGUUCCCAAGAAAGCCCUCGGCUCGUUGCUGGUAAGGAAAUCUACAAAGUAACAAUAACUGGGUUGGGUUUUGGACUCUGACAGUUGGUGCUUGUUAGCUCUACAUUACAGUUCAUGUGUUUGUAUUUACUACAUUUCCUCUGAGUCAAAUAGUACUGUCCUGUGGUGGGAUUAGAUUACAGGGACAACUGAUCAGUUCUGAUCAAUAAUUACAUUACAGACACCAAUAUAACAGUAAAAGUUCCUACUCCAGAUUAAGAACUAAAAAAUCCAUCCAAGAGCAGAAAGAAAAAAAAAAAACAGCUGCAGGCUCUGAUUUGGAAACAUUGAAAUGAGUCGCCACUCAUUUCUAUCAUGUGACUCAUAGUAAAAGCAAAAGCAAAUUUCACUUUAAGUAUUCAGUGUUUUUAGGUAGUUCUAACAUUAAACACGUUGAGGCCUCCAACUUCUAUGUAACUUUGUCACAUUUCAAACUGUUUGUGUUAUCACUAAUAAUUCAGCAAAGAAAUGCGUGUGAAUGUGUCGCUACAUGUACUAUGAGUGAGUGGUUUGUGUUCAAUAGAACUCUCUCUGUGCUGAAUAAACAAACUGAAAAGUAAAAAAGUACCUUUACAUAAUUGAAUUAUUAAUCCUGUUUGACAUCAUCUCACCUGAUAUGACUGUAGCUGAUGUCUGUCACCUGUUCAGCACUUCAGCUGUUCCUGUUAAACUGGUUUGAUCAUGUAGCAAUUUCCAAUGUAAUGAAACAGUAAAAAUAUUAUAAUUUUAAUAAAGGUUGAUGAAUUGUU